AUGUCUCUUCUGACAACUAAUCUCAUGCCGUGGCUGCUGCCUGCCCAAAAGCUGAUCCUGGCCAUCAUCAACAUGGCCCCCUGGCUCCUCGCCAUCCUCUACGACGUCCUGUACUACAUCUGCCGGCGGAUCUGGCACGAAGUGCCCGUCUGGGGCGGACGGGCCCGCGGCGAACACCGACCCCGAGCGCCCAGCCUGCGCGACAGAGCGACGAGGAGGAUGAGUUUUAGAGACCUCGUGAGCGGUGGGAUGGGUAGGGAAGAGCAGGAUGGCGUUGGUGCGGACCUGGGGAGUGAAAAGAGCAGGACCCAGAAGGGACACAGAAGGGGUGUUAGUGCUGAGAGUAUAGAGGAGGAGAACGAGGAGGAUGUGGACAGGCGUAACACAUGA